AUGGAGAACUUUGUUAACAUGGGCCGGCAAUUUCUGCAGAACCAGAGCGGCGCGACUGCAGGCGCCGAGAAUGAUCACCAUGCUUUUGGUUUUCAUCCCGAACAAGUUGCAAACUACGCGCAGAAUCACGAUCAGCAGGCUGGCCACGGUGGUAUGAACAUGGGCAUCUUUUCUCAGGUGGCCAACGCUAUGCAUAGCCGGCACCAACAAGGCCAAAUCAGUAAUGAUGUGGACCACAAUCAGCUCCUGAGCGCUUUCAAAAAAGUGCAGGGAGGUCAACCUGCCUCAUCGCAAGAGGCCGGUCAGGCCUCGGCCGUGGACGCCGUCAAGCAGUUCUUUGGCAACAAUGAGCACAAGAACGAGGGCGGUCUUAGCGCGCUGAUGGGCAAAGCCAUGUCGAUCGCUGGAAAAAAUGCUCCAAAUGGCCAGAAAGAAGACGCGAUGCACCACGCCAGCGAGACUGUGAUGAAGAUGGCCAUGAAGCACAAGAUGCACAGCAUGUUCAGCGGCUACAAUGAAGGCGUAUCGGAACUCAUGGACUUGUACACAUAA